CCUAUCUGCACCUCCCUCAGGGCCAUAAAAGCCACGGACCUCGGGCAGGAGGGCGCCGGUCCGCGAGAACUAGGGAGACCGAAUAUGGACUCCCUGGAAGACGACAUCUAUGACUACCCUUCCACCUGGGACCCCAACACGCCAGUGGAUAACUCUUCCUACACCGUGAGGCUGAGCAUCCCGGACAUACUCGCCCUGGUGAUCUUUGCGGUGGUCUUCCUGGUGGGAGUGCCCGGCAACAUCAUGGUGCUCUGGGUGACAGGGAUGGAGGUCCGCCGAGCCAUCAAUGCCAUCUGGUUCCUCAACCUGGCCGUGGCGGACCUGCUGUCCUGCCUGGCGCUGCCCAUCAUGUUCGUGACCAUCCUGCAUCACAACCACUGGUAUUUUGGGAACGCCGCCUGCCACAUCCUCCCUGCCCUCCUCCUGCUCAACCUGUACGCCAGCAUCUUGCUCCUGGCCGCCAUCAGCGCCGACCGCUUUCUGCUGGUGUCCAACCCCAUCUGGUGUCAGAACUACCGGGGGGCGACGCUGGCCUGGGUGGCCUGUGCCGUGGCCUGGGGCCUGGCCCUGCUGUUGACCAUCCCCACCUUCGUGUUCCGGAAGGUGCACGUGGAAUACUACCCCCCCAAGACGGAGUGUGUCCUUAACUACCACCGCAACAGUACCCAGGAGAGGGCCGUGGCCACCGUGCGGCUGUCUGUGGGCUUUCUGUGUCCGCUGGUGGUCCUCACCGUCUGCUACACCUUCCUCCUGGUCCGGGCCUGGAGCCGCAGCGCCACGCGCUCCACCAAGACGCUCAAGGUGGUGGUGGCGGUGGUGGUCAGUUUCUUCGUCCUCUGGCUGCCCUACCAGGUGAACGGCAUGCUGCUGGCGUUCUUCCACGAGGAACACCCCCACUACAAAGCCGCGUUCCGGUUCGACCCCCUGUUCAUCUCCAUCGCCUACGUCAACAGCUGCAUCAACCCCAUCAUCUACGUGGUCGCGGCCCAGGGCUUCCACGCCCGGCUCCUCAAGUCCCUCCCCGCCAGGCUGCGGAACGUGCUGACCGAGGAGUCCACGCUCAGGGAGUCCAAGUCCUCCAAGUCCUUCACGCUCUCCACGAUGGACAGCCAAGCCCAGAAGAGCCAGGCCGUGUAGGGGGCGCCCGCCCGCCACGCUGCCUUCCUUCCGCUCCAUUCUCUUCUGCUUCUUUCAGCUCAGCCCUGGGGGAGCUCUCCUCCAACCUUCCUCAUCUCCAAGACCCACGAAGACUGCCUGCGGGGGCCACACAACCUUUCUCUUCACCUGAGGACGUAGAAACACGGACACCGAUAGGCCAGGAGUUGCCCUGGUCGGCUUGGCUCAGUGGACAGAGCGUCGGCCUGCGGACGGAAGGGCCCCGGGUUCGAUUCCCAGUCAGGGC